AUGCCAACUGGCCUCAUGACCUCACGGCAGGUCAAUGAUGAGUUGAUGAGUCGCCGAGUCUUGCCAAUUACCAUACCGAUUGUCCUCAAUCCCCAUAUCAAUGGCCUAGAUAGCUCCAGGUAA